GAAGACUGGAUUGAGAAUUGCUUGUCAAGCGUCGAGUAUUCCAGCAGACAGAGUUCCAGAUAUGGAAAAGAGAAAGCUUUUGAAUCUUCUUCUUGUUGGAGCUCUUUCUCUCCCUACUGGCUACAUGCUUGUCCCUUACGGUUCCUUCUUUGUUCCUCCUGGUACUGGAGGUGGAGGUGGUGGUACUCCAGCCAAGGAUGCACUUGGAAACGAUGUACUUGCAACGGAAUGGCUUAAGACUCAUGGUCCCGGUGAUCGAACCCUCACCCAAGGAUUAAAGGGAGAUCCGACUUACCUAGUUGUGGAGAACGACAAGACUCUAGCCACAUACGGUAUCAAUGCAGUGUGCACUCAUCUUGGAUGUGUUGUGCCAUGGAACAAAGCUGAGAACAAGUUUCUAUGUCCUUGCCAUGGUUCCCAAUACAACGCCCAAGGCAGAGUCGUUAGAGGUCCAGCGCCGUUGUCGCUAGCGUUGGCUCACGCGGACAUAGAUGAUACUGGGAAGGUUCUUUUUGUUCCAUGGGUGGAAACUGACUUCAGGACCGGUGAUGCUCCAUGGUGGUCUUAAGUUAAGACUCUUCAACAAAUCUUCGACAAGAGAAGAAGAAAGAUUUGGUCUUUUUGUGUAAGACUUGUUCGGAUGUUCUUAUAAUGUUAAAGCUGUCUGUAAUCAUACAUUUCUUGGCAGUACUCUGUGAAUUCUUGCCUCUUAUAUGAAAUAUUAUGUUCAGUCACUUCCCCAA